AUGCCCGACCUGGAAACGCGUUUUGCUGAUCCCCACACCUGUCCACUUUGCACCGCGACAGUGCCGGAGCCUAUCACCAUGCCAACGAGCCAUCACUCCUCCUCUAGUGGUAACAGUGGAAGCGGUGGUGGUUUGUUCUCUCACUCAGUAUUUCGUCGCCUCUCAACAACUAAAUCUCCCACUUUGCUCACCUCAUCCUCCAGUUCCGGAGAGCGGUCGCCUCCUGGCGCUCCAGCAGCUCCUCAGGUAGUCGUCGCACCAGGCGCGGGUGGCGGUCCCAUCCAUGGAGGUGGCUCGCGCACGUGCAGCCAAAUGGUUAUCGCGUUUCGAUACCUCCUUCCGAGGCUACUACUCAUGCCGGUCUAUCAGAUACUUUACCUCGCGGACCUACUCAAUGUGAGUGUCUUUGUCUUGGACUCAUUGAUAGAGCUGAAUUUACACCUGAUUUGCUGUUAA